GAUGUUUUGACAGCUCUAGUUCGCCUGUAAUCGAAUCAACGCCGAACGAGUGACAGCCAAAAAAACAGCCAGCUGUGAAAAUUAGCAAAAGUUGUAGAUAAUUUAGCAAUUACACAGAACAGGCUACUUUAAGCACACACAAAAUGUUGAUCAAAGUAAAGACUCUGACCGGCAAGGAAAUCGAAAUCGACAUUGAGCCCACGGACAAGGUGGAUCGCAUUAAGGAGCGCGUGGAGGAAAAGGAGGGCAUUCCGCCGCAACAACAGCGUCUGAUUUUCUCCGGCAAGCAAAUGAAUGAUGAUAAAACCGCGGCCGACUACAAGGUGCAAGGUGGGUCUGUCCUCCAUUUGGUCCUGGCUCUGCGAGGCGGUGAUUCCGUCCUGAUAAACUGUCUAUAACUAAUGCCGGAACUUGAUUAAACAUACUGUUUUAAAUUGGAGAACACACUCAUUUAAAAUGCAUUCAAAUAUAUUUAGCUUGAGAAGCAUCGGAUUAAAGUAUAACAUAUAAAACUAUCAAA